AUGGCAGGUAUAAGUUCUGAUGUUGAACAUGUUCGAGAACAAUACAAUGCUGGCAAAAGUAAAAAUAAUGCACUUAUAAUUGAAUAUCAUAAUAAACAAUUUCAUGAUGGUGAUGAAUUAAAACGAGGUGAUACUCAAGUUGAACCUAAAGUUCAAAUUAAUGUUGAUGCUGAUCCACUUAAUUCUCAUUUUACAUUAGUUAUGAUUGAUCCGGAUGCUCCUCAACGAGGUAAUGAACGUGCUGGUCCAUGGUUACAUUGGAUUAAAGCUGGUUUUGUAGGAAAUGAUAUAAACAGUGGCAAAACUCUUGCUGAUUAUCAAGGUCCAGCACCACCAUCUGGUACAGGUCCACAUCAAUAUGUAUUCUUAUUGUAUAAAUCAGCUACGUCUGCUCCUCAUCAUGGUGAAUCGAUUGCUGUUAGUGAUUCAGGAAAACGAAAACAAUAUCAUUUGAAAAAAUUUGAAAAAGAUCUUCAUUUACAAUUAGUUGCUGCAACAUCAUAUACUGUUAUUGGUUAA